CAUUACGACGAGAACUCUGUAAGGGAGUGUGUAAAAUUCCGGCGAAAAUGGCGAGAAUCAUUGGAAUGUUCGUUUUGAUUUCAUCGGCAUUGUUGAUAUCUUCAUGGAUCCCAGUUUCAAUUUGCGCUAAGAAACCAGUUGGGGUUGCUAGAAAGGAAGAUGUACCGUUCAUAAAGUGUCAGGUAUGCGAAACACUGUCACGACAAAUACAUCAACAAGUUGAAGCGAAGAAAGAUCAGAUCUCACCGAAGAAGGUCUCGGAGUAUGAAAUUAUUGAAUUAGUGGAGAAUGUUUGUAAUUUGAAGAAGAUGGAAGCUGAUUGGAUUUUGAAAAUUGAUAUUGUAGAACAGGGAGAUAAAUUAGAGCUGAUUGAACAAGAUUCUGAAGGACAAUGUAAUUCUAAAUGCAAGACAAUCGAGAGGGCUUGUCACGAGGUUUUGGGAUAUUAUGAUACUGAUGUUGCAGAAUAUGUGUACAAAAGCAAGCCUAGUCUUGAUUCACUUGUGAAAUUCCUUUGUAAAGAUCUCAGCAAAGCUUGCAGUUCUCCUCCACCACCACUUCCAAAGGAUAGAGCUCAAGGGGAACCCUUUGUCCCAAAAUCAUCAAAGGAGGCUGAAAUGGAAAGAAUGUUGAAGUCCAUGGAGGGUAUGCCAGGAGCGCCAAACAUGAAAAUGUAUUCAAGAGAAGAUUUGAUGAACGGAAAUUAUGGCAACGAGGAUGCAGCCGACGAAGAUGAAGAUGAUGACGACGAGGCAGACUUCCCUUCAAAAUUGGGUAAGGCUAUGAAAGGUGGGAAGGAGGAGAGUAAAAAGAUCGAUUGGAAACAAACGAUGAAGAAGAAGAUGGUAGACACAAGGGAGGUUUUGCGAAAACAUGCGAAUAAAAUAUCGUAUCGGAUACAAAAAUGGUGGAAGGGGAAGACAAAAUCGCGGCCAACAAAGAAGAGUUCAAAGGCUGAGCUUUAAACCAAGUUUUGGUAAUAUUUUUUUCUAUGUAGAUUUUCCCUUACUUUCUAUUUGAUCUUGUACCCUUUUUACUAUCAUACGUGAAAAUAUUUGAGUAAGGGAUU